GUGUUUGCCCUAUUACCAAUGUCGACUGCUUCUAACUAUGGAAUCUCUUCUUAGACCAAUUACCCGCCACCAUUUCGUCGGGAUUGCAAUCAUUCUCUUUGGCUACUUCAUUUUACGUUCAUACAUUCGCACCAAAAGUAAAGAAAAGAUCCCUCUCAUCAACCCGCCUAAAUGGUUCGAACCGACUACUACCAGAGUCAAACUUGCUUUCGCGCUAAACGCUCGUAAAUGGGUUACCAAAGGUGUCAAGACCAGCAGGCCAUUCCGGCUGCUAACAGACAUUGGGGAGCUUACCGUGCUUCCAAGCGAGUUUGCACGCGAGCUUCGAGCUGACCCUCGACUGGACUUCGCAGCCGUUAUCAACCGCACUUUCCAUGCGAAUCUCCCAGGGUUUGAAGGAUUCCGAGAGGGUACGCCGGAUGCCCAUCGCAUCAGAGAUGUCGUCAGGAGGCAUCUUACCAAUUGUUCCGGUGGGCAGCCUAGAUAGACCGUCACAUUUUAGGCGCUCACACUUUCUCUCCUAGAUGAAGUC